AUGGUCAUUGCCGGAAUCGAUGCAAAUGCGAAGAUAGGACUUGGACAAGAAUCCGAUGUGCUACAAAAAUGGCAUUAUCCAGCGGAUGACGGUGGCGAUCUCUCGUCGACUUGUGUGAGCAGACGGGACUCACAACCGCAUCGACGUUCAAGAGGAGCACCGUUUCCUUCAGCUUACGUGGCAAAGCAGAGAUACGCUAAGGCCACUUCUGCAUUUAACUCCUCAACGAAAUGUUUGUGGUCGACUCCUAUCUCCAAAGAAGUCAAGCUGCUUGUCUACCUGUCCGCAAUUCGCCCCAUCAUGAUGUACGGAUCGGAGACUUGGGCGGCACCAUCAGCGGUUAUGGAGAGGCUUGAUUGCACGGAAAGGAAGAUGCUUGAACGGCUGCUUGGGUACUUUUGGCCUAGGGAAUGCCACAAUGAAAAGGUUUACGUGGAAACUGAUGUGGUGUGCCGGCGGAUGACACGUGGAAGAUAUCAACAUAUAUUAAGGAGACCAGCAGAUCGUCUUGUUCAACGAGUGUUGAGGAGUUUGUCAGGUUUAAGCUGGAACAGGCCACCUGGCCGAAAACGGAAGUUAAGGGCUGAGGUGGUGAAAGAUGAGCAGAGGAUACUCGGCCAGGAUAGGCAGUUUAAUGAUAGCGACGAAUGGAUUGAUUACGUGCAAGCUCUCGCAGAAGAUCGAGGAGGUUGGGCAGAGCUAUGUUUAAGGACGGCACUUCUCGGCGAAGAUUCAGGCAAUCGCGUCCGGCGAUAG